AUGCUUUAAAGGAAAGGGAAAGAUAUUUUAAAUUGUUUUUUUGUUGUUGUAUUGUUUUGAUUUUAGAGCAUUGUAAAUGCGCUGGAUGAAAUAAAGAUCAUGGGCUCUAUGUAGUUCUCUAUGUAAUGGUCUUUCAGUAAUAAACAUUUAUGUUUUGUUUUAUCCAGGAAUUAUAAUUGUUGUUCAAGAUGUCUGUGAGCACAUCAAAUAACUUGGUAAGAAGAGAAUAUGUUUUCUUCAAUUGAUAGUCAUGUAAAACUUUGUUUACUUGGUAUCAAACCUGAUCUCCAACAAAGGAAGUUGAUUGUAGAUCUCUUGAUAAGAUAUAUAUGCCGCCAGACUAUGUGAAUUUUUAAGUUUCCUGUGGGCAAAUUUUCUUAUUGAGGAUUACAAUUACUUUUAUUCUCAGAGUGUCAAAGAUGUUCGGCGUUCCUUAAGCUUUGAAGAGAGCUCAGCUGUUUCAGAAGAUGGAAAUAACAACAAGUCAAGUGAACAAGUUGAUGAGAUGUCUGCUGAGCAAACGCCAACUGAAACACAACUCAGGAAUGAUUGUGAAAAUAUCUGGAAAGAACUGAAUAAUGUGAGUGAUGUAUCUCUAAUGUAGCUGUAGUGAGCCAUGCAGGCAUGCCCUGGUUUACAUUAUCAUAUGACCUGUCAGGCACAGCAUGCUCAAUCCUAUUGCAAAACAUAGUGAAAGCUGUCAUGUGCAAGGUAAAAAGCUGUCAGUCUUGGGACUUACAUGGCCUUAUUGCGAAAACUCAAGAAUUGAAUUGAAUUUUGAAGUUCUAGUUCUGACUCCGAAAAAAAUAAGAAUUUAAAAUAUUGUUUGUAGGUAUCUUGCCUGUGCCCAUCUAUUGCAUCCUAUUUACUGUGAGUUGAAACAUAAUUUUACCAAAUUUUCGAUGCUUAAUGGUCAUAUGAUAAAAUGCUUAUCCACUGACUUUGGUUGAGCCAGACAGGAAAAUAUUUGGCUCUUGAUCAUGAUGCACAAACUUCUCUGUGGUUGUUCCUGAAGUCAUGGUCCUGUGCCAAAUGUUUUUCUGUUCAGUCCUUCCACUUGGUGCAGUUGCUCCAAAAUGAUACUUGAUCAGACAUAUAACUGUUAAAAAUCUAUCAGAACUAAAAAAGACUCUCUUAUCUCUUAGGAUUAUUGAACCUCUGACACUUUUUAUUAGGAAUCAAUGCUUAUGUAUGUAAAUAAUACAAAUGUGUGCCCAAAGUACUACAUUAUAGAAGCCUGAUUAUUUUUUUUUCUAUUUCCUUUCUAUAAAUGCUGAAAAAAGUACUCUCUUGAAUAUGGUACAAUGUUAUGACCUACAUAACUAUCUAUGGUCAAUCUUUUUUUAGAUGAUAUUUUUAUCAAUUCAUUUCUUUUCAGACCCAUGCUCGUCUUGAUGCAAGAUCCACAAAUUCUAACACAACUUACAUGGGUGAAGAGGAGUUUGAUGCUUAUAAGGUAAGUUAAUUUGAGAGUGCAGUUGCAAUCUUGAUGUGAUCUACAAUAAGUACAUAGAAACCCAAAUUCUGGAUCAUUUGGUCAAAGAUUCUCCUCAAGCCUAACUGUAUUCGAUCUCAAAGUCCUUUAUGUAACUGGAAGCCUUAAAUGGUCAAAAUCAGCAAGAACAAAAACAAUACUUAAUCCAUACUUAGGACAUCAAACUUUACAAACUGCUGAGACCAAAGCUAAGUCUUGUUAAUCAUUGAAAGCAAUUUCUGUUUGCUAUUUUGACAGCAAGAUGGUCUUUAUUAGUGAAGCCAUAUGAACACAAAAGCCUAUAUUAUACACUGUUCUUUAGGUUCUUGAGCGAGUCUUAAAAGUAAAAGAGAAGAAGCUUCAAACAGAACUCAUAGCAGUUGAAAAUCAAGGACUCCAAGGUAAGUUGAAGAAUUACUCCAGGGUUUGCACAGGUUCUGAAAAUCCUGGAAAGCUGUGGAAUUUUAUUUUGGCAUUUUCCAGAACUUGAAAUUCCUGGGAAGAGACUACAGCUCUUGGAAAGUCCUGGAAAUUUGCUUAAAUCAAGCAGUAAGGUUUUCAGAAUUUAUGUUACACAAAAUUUAUGUAGGUGGUAAGGAGAACUGAUUUUUAAAUCUUGGAACUAAAAGGUUUUAAGGUAAAAUUCAGAGUCCUGGAAGAAUCCAUCUGAGUCAUGGAAAAGUCCUUGAAAUUUGUUGAAAUCAAGCAACAAAGUUUUUAGAAUUUAUGUUAUACAAAAUGUAUCUAGAUGGUAAGGAGAACUGAUUUGUAGAUCUUGGGAAUGGAAGGUUUAAAGGUAAAAUUUGGAGUCCUGGAGAAAACAAUCUGAAUCCUAGAAAAUCCUGGAAAAGUCCUGGAAAAGUCAUUGAAAUUUGUUUCUGAAAAAGGGCAUGCACCCUGUUACUUGUGUGUAUGAACAUGUGUUACCACUGAUGAAAGAGCCUUGGGAACCUUGUCUAUGGUUGUCUGUGGUGUAAAACCUGGCUGUGCCCAGAAAAGAGGCCAUGAGGCAAAGCGCAAACAGGAGAGCCUGUUUGUGGCUAAAAAGGCAGCAGUCAGAGUGGUCUUGUAGUAGUUGUCACUCUACUUAAGUAUGGGGCUUUUAGUUUAACUCCUGCUGAUUGAUGCAUGUAAAUGUGACUAUCAUUUAAUAAUAAUUUUUUUUUAAUGAUAUUGAUAUUAAUGUUUUAAUUUGUUUGGAAAUGCCUAAGAUAAUGGCUUAGAAGGGCUAAGAAAUUAUUUUCAGUUGCUGAAAUUGCUUAGGUAAGAACUCUGUAUAUAUGGGUAUUUUAAAGCUGCUUUCAUUUAUUAAGCCUUUAACUCUCAGAUCAAAUGUGUAAUCCUCCUUACUGUCACCCAUACAAUUCUUAUAAUGAUAGUUCAGAGAAUUUAGUAUUGGAUCAACUAAUUAUCCCCAACUUGAUAUUUUUCUUUAUUCUCAUUACUUAUCUGGUUUAAUAUUGUGUUGAUAUUGUGAGGAGAAAUUCUGUCUUGGUCACUCAUGUGAGUUAAAGGGUUAAGCCAAGUCUUAAUGUCUUCUUUUUAAUUUCUUAAGUUUUUGUUUUUUAUGAUGAAUUGAAUUUUGUUUCAGUGACAUCAACGGAUCCUAACUAUACUGAUGCUCAUCUGAAAAGUGAGGUAUGAAUGACUUGAAAUGUUUUUAUGAAUAUUUGUAACUCUGUAUUAACUGUAAAAGACUCUUUAGAGAGGAUGUUAAUGUACCUUUUCUUCUUUUGUUCACUUUACUCGUUGGUGCCCUUUAUGGACACUUGCUUGUAAUCCAUCACACAACACAGUUCUUCAGUGAUUCUUACUUUACUCUGCUUUAAUUGUCCAAUAUAGUUGCUGACAAGUAUACAGCAGCUAGAAGAAACAUUGCAAAUCAUAAAAGGACAACGCAAACAGGUGGAAGAUGAUCUGAAAAGGUGAUGAUUUAGUACAUAGACCUGGGUAGUAUGGGGGGGGGGGUGGGGGGAUUUGAAGAGGGGUAGAAUGAUGAGACUGCACCCUUCCACUGCUGGUGUCUUAUGAAAUGUUACUUAUUUUAAAUUUGCUGUUAGUUUUUAGUCUUGCUCUGAGGGUUUUCUAAAUUUUUUUUUUGCUUCCACAAAAACAACUUUCCAAAUUUCAAAUUUGACCUAGAUACCAGUGGGAGAAGAGGCACAUAUUGGAAGUGCAUUUGAUAAAUAGUUCAUUUUACAGUUACAUGCUUGGCUGCCAAGCGUUUUAAUAGGAGUAAGGCUAAAGGUGACCUUGUUUGGCACAAACUUUGCUGUUUUUCAAAUGCAAAUUGCCUUGUUAUUAUCAAUGUUAACUAGAUACUAGUCUCUAUCACAACAAGUACACAACUGUAAAAUGGCCUAUUAACCCUUUAACUCCCAAGAUCUGAUUGUCAAUUCUCCCAUCUAGCUGUUUCACAUUUCCUUGUGUUUGUGACAAGAAUUUGGUGUUAUAUCAUGAUAACAAUCUCCAACUGAUAAGUUUGCAUUAUCUCAUAACCUGUUUGUUGGAUAAUGUAUGGAUAUAGUUGGGAGAAGUUACAUGUAAAUCACUUCUGGGAGUUAAAGGGUUAGAUGUAUGCAUCUAUGCUGCAAUAUUGAUAAAUGUUUUACUGUGAUAUUUAGAGAGGAAGAGCUUCUACAACAGCACCAGGAAGUACAAAAAUCUCUACAGAUCAAAAUCAAUAGUCUAGAGCAGGAGAAAGAAAAUGUUCAGGGUGUAACAAGGUAAAAAUGGUUAAAUAUAAUAGUUUGAAGUUACUUUUAAUUAACUCUGUACACCCCAAAAUCAGUAUGCAUUUUCUCCAUACUGUUCUCCAUAUGUUUUUUAAGGUGCUGACAAGGAGAAUUUUCUUAACAAUCAAGGGCUUCUUAAGUUGAUCAUUUCCUUUAUUCUUGUGACCUUAAUUUGUGAUUCAGGGGGGACAUUGUAAGGAGAAAUUAGAUGCUAAUCACCACUAGAAGUUAGAGAGUUAAUACUGGCUUCUCAAGAUUGAAAUCUGCAUGCGGCAAACAAGUGGUUGUGAAUAGUUAAUAUGGAAAAUUAUAUAUUGAAGAAAAAGAAAGUUCAUAUAAUUUAAUGUCAUUGGUAAGGUCUUGAAAAUAAAAAGCAACAAUGUUUGAUUCAGGGGUGGUAUUUUAAGGAGAGUUAGAUGCUAGAUGCUUUUAGGGAUCAAAGUCUAAAAGAGAUGUAUUGAAUUCCACAACUCAAACCCCUGUUUUCAGCAGGGUGAGGUAUAAUAUUAUUUUCUUGGAACUUGAAUGGAAAUGCUGUGAUUUAGGAGCCCUGGCCAAUGUAGUGAAAUUUAUGGAGACUGAGUGUAUUUUUGUUUUUCUUAGGAGAGAUUUCUAUGAAGGGGAAUGAAAAACUUAGGUGUUCAAAAUUGAUACAUUUGGAAAAAUUCUCUCAAGUUUUGGAUCUUCUGCAGUGUAUUUGCAUGCUUCACAAUAAGCUCAGAAGGAACAUAAGAACUCUUGGGUCAGUUAUUACUAAAAUUUGCCUCUCUGUAGCAAAGCUUAUAAAAUGCUUUAGUGGUGGUGGUGAUGUUGGGAAUGGGUGGGUGGGGCUUCUUUGGAGUUUUUCUGAUCAGGUUGCAUUCCCUAUUGCAUACUUUCAGCUGGGGCUCUCAUUUAUAAUGUCAUCCUGAAGUCAAGGAUCUUUUUUCCUUUGUGAUAUAUUUUUAGAUAUAAGUGAGUUGUAUUGUCUGUUGCCUUCAUUGCAGCCAGGUGAAGGAGCUGGAAAGAAAGAAGAAAUCUGCAGAUGCAUAUCUUGUGGAGAUCACAAAGAAACUGGUUAGUUUUAUUGAUAUCUUAUUUGAUAGAUUAACACUAGCUCUGUGUCAAGCCCCAGGAUUCAGCUUCUAAAGGACUUGGCUCUUGUUCCACUAACCUGGAGGUAGCUAGUCAGUCAUUCAGCACAUGCACAGGCUUUAAAAUUGCUCUCCUGUAAUGUCAGUGUGGACAUGGGAAACAGGUUGUAAGAAUGAAAAAAAAUUUGAUCAGCCAAAGAAGUUGACUUAUAUUACAGAGAAUUUUUUGACAGGGGAGUGGCAGUUGCCAGAUCAUACCUCAAAGGCACUGUAUUAAAAAUUAAAUAUCAAUCAUGAAUUUAAUUUGAUUUUCAGCUUCAGGCUUUCCUUUGCUUAAUUUUUCAGGGUUCUUUUUUGGCUGAAAACUUUCCCCUUCCAUCACCUGAUAACUUGAAAGGAAGCAAGGUAAAUGUCAUUUGAUGUGUAGUGGAGGGCACGUAGCUAGCAUACACAUUCACAAGUUAAGGUGGCAUUGAUUAGAGGAGGGUUGUGCCAGUAAUCCCUCAGGUCUUGAUGUUGGCAAUAUGAAUUAUGAGUACCAGUUUCCUAAUGGCAACAGUUGGCAAUUAUUUACUUUAACCCCUUACUCUCUAACAUCAGUAUGCAUAUUCUCCAUACUACUCCCUAGACAUUUCCUAAGGUUCUGACAAGGAGAAUUUGUUCAACAAUCAAGAGCUUCUUUAGUUGGUGAUCAUCUCCUUUAUUCUCAUGACCUUAAUGUUUGAUUCAGGGGUGAUAUUGUAAGGAGAAAUUAGAUGUUGGUCACUUUUAUGGGUUAAAUGGUUAAUUAUGAGUAUUGAUAAGAAUAGGAUUGUGUCAGUAAUCCCUCAGGACUUGAUGUUGGCAAUAUGAAUUAUAUGUACCAGUUUCCUAUUGGCAACAGUUGGCAAUUAUUUACUACAAUUAUGAUCAUCAUUCAAAAAGGAAAUUGUAUUAAUUGCAUUAAAUGGCAGACUAUAAUUGUAGCAAACUGUUAGGGUACACUUUGUUGCCAUUAUGCCCUGAGUUAUCAUAAACUUUUAAUUUAUUUUUAUUCCAGGGAAAGGUCCAUCUAAACCCUAAUGUUAGGUACAUCUCAAUGCAAAAGUUAACUGAGGUACAUAUUCUCACCAGAUCUUUAUCUUAUAGCAGUUCUUUUGCAUACAUAAGGGAAAGUAUUUUACCUGUUACUGUUGGUAUCUUUAGAUUUUAUCUUACAAUGUACUGUGAAAUGUUUGAAAAAAAAUUCUCUUUGAAAUGAAAUUUCUUCAAUACGCUUGUUGGGUGUGAUAAUUGCUACACCACCAGGCUGACCCUGUUGGUAACAUGGUAAUCAAGUUAGAGAAAAAAAAAAUAAAAAUAAAGCUUUGGAAUUUGGAGAGUUGGUUUUUUGGAGGGAGGAAAUUUGAAGAACCUAAAGAAAAAGAGACUUUAAGGCAAACAAAAUCAAUACUACUUGCAACCCACAUAUCUGGGAUGAUACCUAGGAGAGAGAAGGAAACUUUCCUAACCCUCUGACCCCAGAGAUCUAAAUUUCAAUUCUCCACAAUGUUUGCUGUACAUUUCUUGUAGCUCAUAAGUGAGAGCUUAGAAUUAAAUAAAACAGUAUCCCUAGUCUUUUCUUCAUUCCCAUAAUCUUAAUGCUUCUAAAGCUGAUACUGUAAAGAGAAAUCCCCCCAACGCCACCCCUGGGAGUUAAAGGAUCAAAACCCUACCAUUCUUGCUCCCCAGGAGCAAAAAUCUUUGUCUACACUACUUUAUGGUUGAGGUGCAUGCAAAUGUAAACCAUCCUGCCAGGCCUGUCAUUUAAGGAGUAAUUUUAUGCAAUUAGUGUAUUUUUCCAAGGAAUGUUUCUUAAAAUUUUUUUUUUUUUUUUUGAAACAGGAUCUGAUGAACAUCUCCUACGUUAGGCCUCACGAUCCUUACAUCAGAAUCAAGGAAAGUCACUGGCCACCAUACAUUGAACUGUUACUUAGGUGUGGCAUAGCUAAGCGACACCCUCAAGACUGCAAUCUUAUUAGGCUGGUGGCUUUCAACUGA